AGAAUCCGAGCCACUGUGAAUACUCAGGAGCAGAAGAGGCUGGUGAUGGACCUGGAUGUCUCCAUGAGGACCGUCGACUGCUUCUACACCGUCACGUUUUACGGAGCUCUUUUCAGAGAGGGUGAUGUGUGGAUCUGCAUGGAACUGAUGGACACGUCGCUGGAUAAAUUUUACAAGAAGGUUCUGGAGAAGAAGAAGACCAUUCCUGAAGACAUCCUAGGAAAAAUAGCCGUGGCUAUUGUCCGAGCCCUGGAGCAUCUCCACAGUAAACUGUCAGUGAUUCACAGAG